ACGCCAGUGUGCGGCUGAUUGCACCGAUCGUCAUCGCCCCGCGUCCCGUCGGUGAGUUGUUAAAAAGCGAGCGCUAUGGUGCACUCGUGUCCGAGACGCAUAGUGUCAUCCGUUACGGUGAGUUGGUGACGUAUAGCAAGCAAACGGUGGAACGGAAACCCGGAAACGAUGGCCGCUGGUGAAGUGCAUAGUGGGCGGUACCGGCGGGUACCGCCCGAGGGUGGCUGGGGCCUGCUGGUCGGUGUCGGCAUGGCCAUGAUGUUCGUGGUGACGCUCGGUUCGCUGCCCUCGUUUGGGCUGAUGUUCGGCGACUUCCUGACGGACCUGGGCGAGGAAACGAGCGCGAUUGCGCUCAUCACGAGCUGCUUCUUCAGUGCGCUCAGCUUCGCCGGCCUGUUCACGAACACGCUGAUGAAGAAAACGUCCUGCCGGACGGUCGGGCUGAUCGGUGCGGUGUCCUACAUCAUUGGCAGCAUGAUGACGAUCUUUGUGCGCAGCACCAACGAGCUGCUGAUUUCGUUCGCCGUCUUUCAAGGCGCCGGGUUCGGGCUGAUGAUUCCGGUGUCGUACACGACGUUCAACGCGUACUUCGUGGAGAAGCGGGUGGUGAUGAUGAGCGUCGCCCAGACGCUCAUCGGGCUCGGCACGAUGUUCUAUCCCAUCUUCAUCCAGCGCUCGAUGGACGCGUUCGGCUUCCGGGGCUGCAUGGCGGUACUGGCGGCAAUCAACAGCCACACCCUGCUGGCGAUGCUCGUGAUGCACCCGGUCCAGUGGCAUAUGCGGCGGGUGCCCCUGGAGUACGAUCCCGUUCCCACCAGCGCACCCGUGGCGGUGGCGGCGUCGGACGAAAAGCCGCCCAAGACGGAGGACGACUUCCAGGAGCUGCCGGCCGGCCAGGGCCUGAGCCAGCGGAACGCCAAACUGCGCGGCUCCCGGCGGGCGUCAUCAAUACCCGGGCUGGGCAACUGGUCCGGCCCGGUGGUCGUUAGUGACAGCACGGAACGUGACACCAAGCCGGCGACCAAGUGGCAAAUUCUGGUCGACUUCCUUGACCUGACGCUGCUGAAGGAUCCAAUUUACGUCAACAUCGUACUCGGCAUCUCGUUCGCUCUCUACUCCGAUCUGGCCUUCUUCACCUUGCAGCCGAUGUACCUCUUCAUGCUGGCAUUAAGCAAGACGGACGUUUCGCUAAUCAUCGCCAUCGGUGCCGGAGCGGAUCUAAUAUCGCGCAUCUUCCUGGCCAUUUCGAGCACAUGUCUGAACAUUAAGGCCCGCUACGUCUAUCUGGCCGGGGCGCUCUUUACCAUUGUGGCACGUUUCGCAUUUUUGUGCGUGUUCGAUUUCUACGGCAUGGCCAUCGUAACGGCCAUUAUGGGCUUUCUACGGACCUGGAUCCACGUGCCGCUUCCGCUGGUGUUUUCCGAGCAUCUGCCCCAAGAAAGGUUUCCUUCCGGCUACGGUUUGUUUAUGUUUCUGCAGGGAAACAUUACGUUUGCGAUCGGCCCGAUAGUGGGCUACAUCCGUGACGUCACCGGAAGCUACAACGUGUCGUUCCACGUACUAACGCUCGUGAUGGCACUGUGCGUGAUACCGUGGUUCUUCGAAAUCUGCUACAUUCGGCUGAAGCGCAAGGCACGCACACCGGAGCUCGGCCACGUGACGAUACCGAUGAUACAGGAAACGAAGGCGUAGAGGAGCAGUAGUGGCUUGGCUUUGUUUCUUACUGUACUGGUCUUCUCGUUUGUGAUGCAAAAUGUACAUGUGUUCUAGUCACUCACAACGAUUUAGUGAUAUUACAUUGUACUUUAAUACGUCUUUUUAGGACAUAAGAUAUAAACGUACGUUGAACCCA